AGACAAAGCACUUUAAAAUCUCUCCAAUAAGCCAGCAGUCGGGCUUCAAAAAUUCUGAAUAUUUGUCGGAGGGCGUUCUUCUUUAUUCGGGUGCAAUGUUAAGAUCUUUUCAAUUCAUCAGUUGCGCAACAUCAGUUUCAAUCCGGCGCAUCACCACAGCAAAACGUUUCGACGUGCAGCAAAGCCGCCUCCAACACAACAUGGCAGACAUCAAGAACACUACCAAUCCAAGUCCUGCUCCUGAACAGGGCGCUGGGGCAGAGCAACAUAAACCCCUUCCACUGCCACCAACGUCUGAUCAAUCCACCGGUGCGGAUGACGGGGUAAAGCAGCUCAAUGUCCAGGGCGGCUCAGUGUCAUUCGACCAUCUGGGACCAAUAGUCGUAAACCAAGAUGGAACCAUGUCGCGAGUGGCCAACUGGCCCAACAUGACACAGAUAGAGCGCGAAAACACCAUUCGAAUCCUGGGGAAACGCAACCAGCUUAGGCUGGCAGCGCUACGGAAAGCAGCCGAAGAGACAGGGAAGGCGGGUGUCGGGGAGACGAAGAACUAAGGGCGAGUCUGAAAGAUUGGUAUCAGACUUGCUCAACGGCCAUGAUGAACUUUUGGGGUCCAGAACUGAACGGCGAAGAAGGCGAAACGAUGGCAAACCCGAAAACAUAUUCAUAUUACUCAACUUCCUUCAACUUACCUACGUGUUGUUUUAUUAUACUGUACUUUAAUAUUUAUCAGCAUGAUUCUAUCAUAGUAAACGACAGCGAGAUAAAUCUGGUUUAUCCUUCCCAGACUUGCUACACAGGCUUGACAUGUAAGCCAGGGGGAUAUUAAGGCAAAAUCGCCAACAGUACUGCUGCAGAGUGUACGUACGAAGUACGUGUAGACUGGUUAAGUGGGGCCUUGAACCAAAACCAGGGGAACUGUGGAGCUGGAGACACAUAACGCGCCGUUAGCUUCCCUCAGCC